UGCAAGAGGCAUUCUUCAGGCCGAAAGGUAGCGGACCGCGCAACAGCGGGCGCCAUUAUGAGGCCCGCUAAAGAAUGAAGAAGCAAAACGUUCGCACGCUAUCCCUGAUUGUGUGCACAUUCACAUAUUUAUUAAUUGGAGCAGCUGUUUUUGAUGCGCUUGAAAGUGAUACGGAGAAAAAACAUAAAGACGCUUUACAAGCUAUCGAAUCAAAAGUAAUUCGAAAAUAUAAUAUCAGCGCUGAAGAUUAUCGUAUCAUGGAAACAAUUGUAUUAAAAACUGAGCCUCAUAAAGCAGGUCAACAAUGGAAAUUUACUGGUGCUUUUUAUUAUGCAACAACUGUUCUCACAACAAUUGGCUAUGGCCAUUCAACUCCCAGUACCAUUGGUGGUAAAUUAUUUACAAUGGUAUAUGCAAUGGUUGGUAUACCAUUAGGAUUGGUUAUGUUUCAAAGUAUUGGUGAACGUGUAAAUAGAUUAAGCAGUGUUGUAAUUCGUUCGGUAAAGGAAUCUUUAAACUGUAAAGAAACUUCAGCAACUGAAGUAGACUUAAUAUUUGUGGUAACUACAUUAAGUUCACUUACAAUGGCUGGAGGCGCAGCUGCAUUUUCUAAAUUUGAGGGAUGGAGCUAUUUUGAUAGUGUAUACUAUUGCUUUAUCACACUUACAACGAUAGGUUUUGGCGACAUGGUAGCGUUACAAAAGGAUAAUGCCUUAAAUGAAAAGCCAGAAUAUGUUAUGUUUGCCCUUGUAUUUAUAUUAUUUGGAUUAGCCAUAGUAGCUGCAUCCCUUAAUUUACUAGUUUUGCGGUUUGUUACAAUGAAUACGGAAGAUGAACGGAGAGAUGAAGCGCAAGCAAUGCAGGCUUUGCAAGGAGCAGUUCGAUUGGAAGGUGAUGUUAUAACGGCUAAUGGUUCCAUAUUGAGUGGACAAUUAGGCCAAUUGACGAGUUUUGGGAAUCAUUGUAGCAUGGAUUCAAUAUCACAGGAUGCUGCAUCAAUUUGUUCAUGCCAUUAUUGUGGCUGUUGGAGAACACGCCCUAGACGGAGAUCCUCCUCACUUCGAAUACAUCAUUUGCUACCUCUGAAGGAACUUCGUCCAAGUUCAAGUGGCAUACGUAAUGUAGAUAGCAGAGUUUCACAGCCCGAAUUUCCACCACCGCAACACAGAGCUUCAAUUUAAAAAA